AUGUUUGGAGGAUUUGCUCCCCCACAGCAGUCUGCCGAGGAGAUUCGCGCCCUUGAGGCCGAAGCUACCUUUACUAUGCAGCAGGUCGCUGCCACGGCCUUGAUGCUGUACCUCUCCCCCUUUGCCAUUGACAUGGCUAGCCGCAUCUUCUAG